GCGGAGCGGUCGAGCCCGGUGACGCACUCUGCGGAGCUGUCCGAAGGGAGGUGCUUCGGCUCUCCUGACGUCACCACCACAGGGGUGAAAUCUGAUUGGUCCUCGGUUCGCCCCCUGGGCGUCCGAGGAGAUCACGACGAGAGAGAGAGAAAAAAUGGAAAGCGGACCUCGAAAAAAAACUCCACAAACGACUGUUUACCUCGCGUGAGAACGGCCGCGACACCGCAGCUGGGCUCCGUGUCGGUCGACAGUUUCGAGGGGGGAAAGCGGGGAGAAAUAUCGACAAAUAAAUAGAACUAGCUCCCGACUAUCCGGAUUAUCCACUCGCUGGAAGGAGAGGGGAGGAAAAAAGGGAAAACAAACCGUCGAGUCGCGCGCGGACAUUUUCUCCGUCCGCGCGAGAGGAUAUGAGCAGUUAGGAGGAAACGGGGGGGGGGGAAGUGUUGGAAGUUGGACGCGGAGAAAGACGCGCAGUCUGCCGGGCAGGAGGAGGCGGAGGAGUGGGUGGGUGGACGUAACGGAUAUUUAUAUUAUAUAUAUAAAUAAAACCCGUUGAAUUUAACCGACCUCCGGACAGUUGGUUCGUUCACAGCACCGGAUAUAAAAGCGCAGAAGAAGAGAAGGAGAGGAAACGGGGUCGCUCGGGCCGAUGCCAACGGCGGACUGCAGGUUGCUCCAUCAUGGCCGGAUCAUGAGGUGUCUGACUUAUCUGCUCCUCCUGCCAGAAACACUGAAGAAGUCCAAGAAGGUCGGCAAGCUGCCGGUGUGUUAUGAGAUCCUGUCGCUGUCAUUGACGAGCAAGAAGAAGAAGGAGGAGAAGAUGGCUGCGGAGUUGUGCUCCAACCUCUCCAACGGCACCACGGUGGCGGACACCGAGAAGAUCGAGGAGGCUGCGCCGGUGAGCCGGGCUGUCAGCGCCGGCAGCAGCCUGGCGACCACCCCGACCUCCACCACGGCGACCACCACCCUGCAGAACGUCAACAACAACAACGGGGAGCCGCCGAGCUGGCAGUGCAGCCACCCGACACUGAGGGAGAGGAACGCCUUGAUGUUCAACAACGAGCUGAUGGCUGACGUCCACUUCAUCGUGGGGCCCCCGGGGGGGUCGCAGAAGGUCCCCGCACACAAGUAUGUGCUGGCCGUGGGAAGCUCCGUCUUUUGUGCCAUGUUUUACAGCGAUCUGGCGGAGGAGGAGUCGGCGAUCCACAUCCCAGAUGUGGAACCUGCUGCGUUCCUAAUUCUGCUGAAGUACAUGUACAGCGACGAGAUCGACCUGGAUGCGGACACGGUGCUGGCCACCCUGUACGCCGCCAAGAAGUACAUCGUGCCGGCGCUGGCCAAGGCCUGCGUCAGCUUCCUGGAGACCAGCCUGGAGGCCCGGAACGCCUGCGUGCUGCUGUCCCAGAGCCGGCUGUUCGAGGAGCCCGAGCUCACGCAGCGCUGCUGGGAGGUGAUCGACGCGCAGGCCGAGCUGGCGCUGCGCUCCGAGGGCUUCUGCGAGAUCGACCUGCAGACGCUGGAGAUCAUCCUGCGGCGCGAGACGCUCAACACCAAGGAGGCCGUGGUGUUCGAGGCCGUCGUGAACUGGGCCGCCGCCGAGUGCAAGCGGCGCUGCGUGGGCCCGACCACCCGCAACAAGAGGGCGGCGCUGGGCGCGGCGCUGUUCCUGCUGCGCAUCACUUCCAUGACGCUGGAGGAGUUCGCCGACGGGGCGGCGCAGUGCGACAUCCUGACGCUGGAGGAGACGCACGACGUCUUCCUGUGGUUCACCGCGGCCAACAAGCCCCGGCUGGACUUCCCCCUGAAGGCGAGGCUGGGUCUGGUGCCGCAGAAGUGCCACCGCUUCCAGUCCUCUGCCUACCGGAGCAACCAGUGGCGCUACCGCGGGCGCUGCGACAGCAUCCAGUUCGCCGUGGACAAGCGGAUCUUCAUCGCCGGCCUGGGGCUGUACGGCUCCAGCGGCGGCAAAGCCGAGUACAGCGCCAAGAUCGAGCUGAAAAGACAAGGCGUGACGCUGGCGCAGAACCUCACCAAGUUUGUGUCGGACGGCUCCAGCAGCACGUUCCCGGUGGGGUUCGAGCACCCGGUGCAGGUGGAGCAGGACGCCUUCUACACCGUCAGCGUGGUGCUGGACGGGAACGAGCUCAGCUACUUCGGGCAGGAGGGCAUGACGGAGGUGCAGUGCGGGAAGGUGACGUUUCAGUUCCAGUGCUCCUCCGACAGCACCAACGGCACCGGGGUGCAGGGGGGGCAGAUCCCAGAGCUGGUGUUCUACGCCUGAGCCGGGUCGGACCGCACCGUCACGUAGCGUCAGACACUGACUCACGAGAGACUACUUUGAGAAGCCGCGUCGCUCCAUCCUAUUUAAUUUAAUGUUAUUUUCUUAUUUAAAUCCCGAGUUAACGUUAUAUGCUCUGGCGCCUGAUGUAGAAACACUAAUACAAUAAUGUGUGGUUAUGUAAUCAACAAGUAGGGACCCGCUUCAGUCGUGUAACAGCCCAUAAUAUGCAAUGUUGUCGCUCUAGAGCGGCCGCAUUACAUCAGGAGCUACGAGUCCAAAUGCAAAAAGAAAAGUAGUAGUUUUGCACUCCAGGAGACGGCCUCCUCGUGUCUUUUGUAAAGAAUAAAAAUAAAAUACGAUUUAACUGCUCGCAGCUCGGUGCUGUUAAAGAA